CAACCGCUCGCGGGGGCCGGAAUUGCAGAGCGAGCGGUGCGCGGGCUAUUUGAAGAUGCGCGAUGGCUGCAGAUUUUCAUGAGGCCGAGUCUCGCGGAGUCGCAAUUGCUCGCAUUGCCGAAUGGCUUUCGCCUCUCGUCUGCACGAAACGGUGAAUCGAUCCGACCACCUCCACCUCGCAACCCAUGCUCUCCAUAGAUCAUCGCACUCUCUGUUUUUCCGUCUCUGUGGAUGUUCAAUUGGACUCUGCCCUGCCGCCGCCGAGAGCAGAGCGAGCUCAAGCUAGCUUGAGCUAGUAGCUUGGCAGGUCUUGUGGCUGUGAGCAUGAUGAUGAUGCUCUGGUGGCAGGAGUAGUCGUAGUAGGAGGAGCAUUUGGUGCCACAAUUCAUUCGUUCGGGAUCGGUCGAGGAGUGAAUGUUCAGGUGGAGCGAUGGAGGAGGAGAAUUGGAAGCGCAGGAGUAGCUCGGGAUUAGUGCAGGGAAACAGCAGCAGCAGCAGCAGCGAGGUGCAAUCGCCUCCUCUUUUUGCCGAAGCUGCUGCUGCUGGCCAUAGGGGGCGGUCAGCGAUCGCCGUGCCGAGGAAUCGAAAUCUGCCGACACAACCACCACCAUCAUCAUCGUCAUUCAUCGCUUGUGUUUCGUUCUCGGCCUUGCAGCAGCCGAUGGCCUCUGCCGCCGCCGCCCCGUGCACGAGGUCCAAUUGUUCAUGCUCCUCGGCGUCGUCGUCGUCUUCAGCUUACGCGAAUGCGCUCAUUCCUUCGCCAUUCUCGACCUCGUCGCUGGCCUCGUUUUUCCCAGCUCACGUCGCCCGCCAGUGCUCCGUCGCCUCGACAUCAUCCUCAAUUUCCUCCUCCGGCUGCUCAUGCUCUUGCUCUUCCUCGUCCCCCGUUCGCAUCUGGCCUCAAAGCCGACCCAGGCCAUCGCCAUCGCCAUCGCCCGCGGUGCUCAGAUUGUCGUCGGUGGCCUCGCUCGCCUCGGCCGUGCAGGCAUUCUCGCACUCGGGCAAAGGCUUCUAUGGCGCAGAGCCUCGAGAGGCGGACGGGAAAGUGUUCGGCCGCAGCGUCGAGCACGAAGGCCGAGGCGACGAGGACCAUCGCGGCCCUCGUCGCAAGCCGCCGCCGCCGCCUGCUGCUCUCGUGCCCGCCCCGCUCGUGGCUGCCACCUCCUCGUUGGUCCGAGGAGUGUCGAAUUUCUUCCACCAAUUUCCUCGAGAAUUCGGCGCGCUCCGCCGGCACCACUUGGGGCUGGCAUUGUCGGCCAAGCGCAAAGGCAUCGAUUCUUUCAAAGGCAAUGUGCCGAGUGGCAACGAGAAAAAAUCCGGCGGCAGCGAGAAGACGGAGAAGAAUGGCAGAACCAAGGCCAUCCGCACCACGCAGCAUCUUCUGGCCGGCGCCAUUGCCGCCAUGGUCUCGAGAACGAUUGUGGCGCCGCUGGAGAGGCUGAAGCUGGAGUAUCUGGUGCGAGGGGCGCAAGGGAGCGUGAUGGCGACGGUGCAGACGAUUCUGGUGAACGAGGGCGUGCGGGGGUUUUGGAAAGGCAACGGAGUGAAUCUGCUGCGCACUGCGCCUUUCAAGUCGGUCAAUUUCUUCUGCUACGACACGUACCGAAAUCAGCUGCUCAAGUGGGGCGACCGCAGCGAGGUCACCAACCUCGAGCGCCUCUUGGCCGGUGCGGCCGCCGGCGUCACGGCCACCAUCUUGUGCUUCCCGCUCGACACCAUUCGGACCACGAUGGUGGCGCCGGGAGGGGAAGCCCUGGGCGGCAUGAUCGGGUGCUUCCAGCACAUGGUGCGAACCGAGGGCCUGCUGUCGCUGUACAAGGGCUUGCUGCCAGCGGUGGUGAGCAUGGCGCCGUCGGGGGCUGUGUUCUACGGCGUGUACGACAUGCUCAAGAUCAACUACCUGAACUCGCCCGAGGGCAAGGCCAUGCUGAAAGCCAGGCGCCAGCGCAUGAAGGAAGCCCAGGAGCGAGGCGAGGAGGCCUGGGCCCAGCCCGAGCUGGGCCCUGUCAGGACUCUGCUCUUCGGCGCCAUAGCCGGCGCUUGUGCUGAAUCCGUCACCUAUCCUUUUGAGGUCGUUCGCCGAGCUCAGCAGAUGCAGCACGCGGCCAUCAAGCUGGGCAUGGCCGGCACCUUCCAAAGCCUGCUGCAGAAAGGCGGCAUCAAAGCUUUGUACGCCGGCCUCUUCCCCAGCACUCUUCAAGUUUUACCGUCAGCUGCCUUCAGCUAUUUCGUGUAUGAGACGAUGAAGCUAGCAUUUAAGAUCCCUUAAAGUUCAGUAGAGGGGAAGGAUUAUGAUUCAUGACCGACGACAGAUUAUAAUAGCGAGAAGAUAGUGAGUCCAGAUAGGUUGUACCGGCAAAUAGAUGAAAUCUCUUUACGUUUUUCAGAUGUUACUUCUCGUACACAAGACUUUCCAUGUAUAGUGUAAAGAGAUUUGGAAUGGGAUGAGUUCGAUGAUCUGGUGGCUUAAGCGUGUAAGAUUAACUACACCUUUUGGCUGAUCCAUGUAAAUCCAUUGUUUUAUGUAACGAAGCUUCUUUGUAUGUAAGCGUGUUUCUGGAAGUUUCCACCACGACACAUGCAAUUGCAGGAACUGGCUCGCUCUUUCAAGCUUCUCUACCGCUGGCCGGCCAGUAAUGCAGUAAAGAAGUUCACGAAUGGAUGUUGUC